CGGCUGCCUCCGUCGUCGCGAGAGGAGGCGCUGGGGGCGGUGCGUGUGCGCGGACAAACGGAAGUGUGGGUGACGGUUGAGCCUUCGCCGCCAAGCUGGGAACCGGGGAGAUGGCCGAGACUGACCCUAAGACCGUGCAGGAUCUCACCUCGGUGGUGCAGACACUCCUGCAGCAGAUGCAAGAUAAAUUUCAGACCAUGUCCGACCAGAUCAUUGGAAGAAUUGAUGACAUGAGCAGUCGCAUUGACGACCUGGAGAAAAACAUUGCGGACCUCAUGACACAGGCUGGGGUGGAAGAGCUGGAGGGUGAGAACAAGAUCCCUGCCACACCAAAGACUUGAAGAUAAAUGCCAGGACAACGCCUGAUGAUGACUUGAGUGCAGUGGGCGAGGCCACAGCAAGUCUUCAUCCUCGAGUUCAUUUAAAUUUCCACUACAGGGCGCCUGGGUGGCUCAGUCAGUUAAGUGUCUUCCUUCUGCUCAGGUCCUGGGAUCUCCGCGUUGGGUAGGGCUCCCUGCUUCUCCCUCCCCCCGCCGCCUCUGUCCUUCCCUCUCUCUCUUAAAUAAAUAAUAUCUUUAAAAUUAACUAAUGAAUUAGUUUCCACUACGUAGUUCCGGAUAUCUGAGGAAAGAUGGAUGACCCAGUAGCCUUGUAGCAAGACAGCAAGUUGCAGCUGGCAGCCUCAGUCUCCCCAUAGUGGGUUUCUUGCUUAUAAUAAGGCUUUUCAGGACAUGUUGGUUACCUCAGUGCAACCUAAAAAUCAUUUUGAAACUCCCCUUUCCCUCACCCCAUAUUUAGCAUUUCAGUUCCCGACAAAAUUAAAGUUUACUGAAAAUUCUUAGGUAACUAGACUACCAAACAGAAUAUACAGUAAAAGGCACCGAAUUCCUUUUUUAAAUGUUCUGGGCAUGUCCUGGCUGGACCAAAUUAGAAGGAGCUGUGACACGCAGGUCGCUUUGAAGUCCCAGGAAGAGAGAGACUGGGGAGCUAAAAGCCUUCGAAAGUGGCUGUCAUUUUAAUAAGAGAGCGGAUUAUUUCGCUGUGUGAGUAAAUCACACGCUUGUU